UGCUGCCGCGGGGCGGGACCGGCCGAGGCGGCCGCCAUGGCCGGCACAGGGGGAGCCGCUGCCGCCGCCGGGGGCCGGUGCGUGGCGGGGCCGCUGAGCUGUUGGCAUCUGGCAAGCAAAUGUCUCCACACCACGGCAAGGUUUCUGAAGAAAACUGGAACCGAGCACUGGUGGUGGGAGCGGCACUUGAGGGAUCCCUUUGUCAAGGCAACGAAGCGGCAGCAUUACCGAUGCCGAAGUGCCUUCAAAUUACUGGAAAUUGAUGACAAGCUUCAUAUUCUUCGUCCAGGACUUUCCGUUCUUGACUGUGGAGCAGCGCCUGGUGCUUGGAGCCAGGUUGCUGUAGAGAGGGUCAAUGCUUUAGGUACCGAUCCUGCUGUCCCUGCUGGCUUCGUCCUUGGCGUUGACCUCCUGCGGAUUUCUCCUCUGGAAGGAGCAGUCUUUCUGUCGGAGGCUGACAUUGCAGACCCAAGCACGCUGAGGAGGAUUCAGAGUCUGCUUCCUGCAGAGAAGGUGGACGUUAUCUUGAGCGACAUGGCACCUAAUGCGACAGGCAUUAAAGAACUGGAUCAUCAGAAGCUGAUCAAUCUAUGUUUAGGCCUUCUGAAUAUGUCCCAAAGUAUUUUAAAGCCAAAAGGAACAAUGCUCUGUAAAUUCUGGGACGGACGUGAGUCCAGCCUUCUGCAAAACAGACUGAAGGAGCAGUUCCAAGAUGUGAGAACUAUAAAGCCUCAGGCCAGCCGGAAAGACUCUGCUGAAUCUUAUUAUUUGGCAAGACUGUACAAAGGGAAAUGAAAGCUGAGACCCGCAGAUUUUCAAACAGGUGAUCAGACAUUGACUGGAAAUCUGACUUUGGCACGUGUUUAAAGAAAAAUCCCAUCAUUAAGACCCUGGGUAAACCUGCCACGAUUCUUGUGAAGUACCUCAUGCUUUUCAAAUACAGAAAUAAACGAGGGUGGUGUCCUGCUGAGUUUAUCCACUAAUUAUACAAGCAGAGACAUCCAAUCUAGCUUCUCACCUGUGGAGAAAACAGUUGGGAAUGGAGAGGAGUAAUGUGAAAGGCAACCUCUGGGGCUGGAGUAAUGGAAAUGAAAAUAAAACAGUGAUUAUGUGAG